AUGGGGGCCUUUGAGGACAACAAAUCCUCCGAAUUAAACCGCGUCUCGUCGCUUCGAACCUCGGUGAGGAUUUCUACCUCGCAAAGGGACGAUGAUGACUAUGACUUGCAGGCCAUGAUAGUUGCCGAUGGGUUUCGCCCGGUAGAUGCGACAAUCAUUCAAACUCCGAGACCUGUGACGGCGCUGCAAGAUGUGCCGAUGACACAAAUACCGCCGCCACGCCCAUCGAGUAUUACAAAGCCGCAUGGGAGGAGCGAAUCUCUGGCUUUGCAACACGAUGGGUCGUCUUCUGAGUCGGAUAGUAGAUCUCUAAGCAGAGCUUCUCUAAGUAGAAUUUCGAGCGGUUCUACCGCAUCGCAGUUUGUUGAUUCCGAAGACCCGUACGAUGGCCCGUCUGGUCCUUCUCACCCGUACCAGAUGUAUCCGCAGGAUGUUCGAGUGGCACGGACGGCUAGUCUGGCGACAACGUCGACGGUACCAAUCUCUGAGCGGUCGUACAACGGGCCUCGCGGGCCGGCGCAUCCGUACGGCAUGUAUCCGCAGAAUACCGUACCUGAAACCGGUGGAAUGUCCAGCGGGCCGGUACAGGCGGAAAUUAAUGUCGGGUUCCCUGGAGCAGCGGACAACUACCAAAGAAGAAUUGGUCCAGAUGGAGAGGACGUGGCUGAUCUGAUUGGUCCUGAUGGUCAUACGGAACAGCUGCCUCCUUACACGAGAUAUCCGGAAGAAGCGUAUACUAGAAAGGCGUUAGGCGUAGAAACGCCUCAGCCAGCGCCUGUCCAGCCAAUGUUGGCCAUCCCGGGUGCUGGAGGUAUCGGGAUAGCUACUCGAAAUCCCGAAUUCGCGUCUACUGAGGAUCUAGGCGCAUUAUCCUCGCCCCAAUCUAGACAAUCUAUUAGGAGUUUUACAUCCGAAACCAGCCAGAAUGAAUUAAAUGCUGCUGUUACGACUAAUAAAGAAGCUGAAGACGAGAAAAGAUUGCCAAAGGACUGGCAAGUAACCGCGAAAAGGAGGGUUUGGGGGAUUGUUCCUUGCUGGGCCAUUGUCCUGGCUGCCGUCGUUCUCGUUUUGAUGGGAGUAAUACUCGGUGCUGUCAUUGGGACUCUCCUUCGUCCCGACUCGAAAGAUAAAUCGCAUAAGGAUGGGCCGCCUUUACCAGUAGUAAAUACGGGCAACUGGGACACACAACCUCUCAGUACCCUGCCGUCAGAUUUACUACCCCUACAAGAAGGACAUUUUUCCUUGCCUCUCCGGAACAAUCGAAUGUCUAAUACCUGCUUUAGUGACUCGACAUUAGCUCAAGCAUGGAACUGCGACCUCUUUUUCUUCCAGCUUGGCAUGGACAUUAAGAGACUACCUGGUCAACCGGAAACAUCUAACUACUUACUAGGGUUCUCUUAUAAUGAUAGCGCGACUUUGAAAAACAACGUGUAUCUUUGGGGGAUGCAGCCGCCUGAAUUAGCUGACGUGCGACUGAAGCUUGUUAAUGAUAUUCACGAAAGCACUCGAGGUCCGGCGUGGAAUUUCGAGGUUGCCUACAAUAAAACUGUCAUUAUUCCUGAUCAGGCCUUGUCAGCUAGCUCCUCCUCUUCCACGCCUGCUGCUCGCCGUCGUCGGACGCUGUAUGGCGGUGGUUUCAAUCGUAAUGGUGCCCAAACCGGAGACCGCAUAUGGAUUUGCCAUUGGGACAACACCAUCUUGGAGGCUUUUAUCUACGCAAAUCAAAACAACAGUAUUGGACCGCUGCUAGGUUCUCCACUGCCUGUAACGACUGGGGACAUAACCACUGGGCCAACUACGAUACCCAGCGCGGCUGUUACUGGACCUCCUGGAGGUGUUGACAACGGCGGCAGUUUAAGGCCUUCGGAUAUUCCUUUUGGCUCACCCCAAGAUCGCCAUGCGACUACCACGGUCUCUAAUAGCAUUCCGAACCCAACCGAUACUUCCUCGACUGCUACGUCUAGUAGCAUAUCUGACCAAGACAUUCCCAUACCCCCAAAUUACCCACCCGUAUACCCGCGAGUCAUCAAGGUCGAGGAGCAUCGUUAUGCCGACCCGUCAGCGGCUAAGCCCUGGUGCCGCCAGUUUCAGAUAAACGAGAACAAAGAGGCGGAAGCAAUAAAAGUAGAUGGAAAGACAGUCGAUAUCAUCAUUAAUGAGGACGAAGGAGGGGUUGGACCAGGAGCCUCGAAGGACGAAGUUGUGGGGCGCCAUCUAGGAGGUCGCGCUGGUGUGGUGGGGAGCGAUAUGAGUGAUUGCGGCUGUAUGUGGUGGCUCUCCUGA